AUGUCUGCUGAGAGUAAAGUACAAUACUAUCGCCACGGUCGCUUCCGCGUUGCCGGUGGCAUACUGCCUGACGCAGUCACCGCCUACUGCACCUACGGCGACCCUGCAAACCCGUGCAUCGUGUUCCCCACAUGCUAUGGUGGGAGACUCGACAGCCAGGACUACAUGAUAGGCACGGAUAAAGCUCUCGAUCCUACGAAGUACUAUAUUGUCACACUAGCGCUCUUCUCCAACGGCGAGUCGUCCUCUCCCUCUAACACGCCCGCCCCGUACAACGGGCCGUAUUUCCCAGUGGUCUCUUACGAAGAUAACAUCCGUGCGCAGUACGCGGUCCUUACGAAGGCUCUCAAUGUCAAAAAGGCCUUCUGCGUGAUCGGGUUCUCGAUGGGCGGCCAACAGGCUUACUACUGGCCGGUGAUGUACCCGGACUUCGUCGAGCGGUUCAUACCCAUUUGCGGGUCGGCGCGCACCAGCAUGCACAACAAAUGUUUCCUGGAGGGUCCGAAGGCCGCGCUCGUUGCCUCUAAGGACUUCGAGAACGGACACUACACCCAAGAGCCCCAGUUUGGCAUCCGCGCCUUCGGGCGCGCGUACUGUGCCUGGGCGUAUGGCCAGACGUGGUUCCGCCAGCACGGGUAUCUGAUGAACGGGCUGUACGCGUCCCUGGAGGACUUCAUGCGCGCCGACUGGGAGGGCGGCUUCCUCGGGACGUGGGACGCGAACGACCUCAUCACGCUGCUGCACACCUGGCAGACGGGGGACGUCUCUCUCAUCGGGAAGUCGGGGCUCGCUACGGAAAGCGACGACGCCGCGUUUACGAGCAGCCUGGCCGGCAUCAAGGCCAAGGGCCUGAUCAUGCCGUGCAAGACAGACCUCUACUUCCCGCCGGAAGACAGCGAGAUUGAGAUGUUGCUGAUGAAGAAUGACUCGAAGCUCGUCGUCAUCCCUUCUGUCUGGGGACAUAUGGCUGGUGGUGGCAGUAACCCUGAAGACGACCAGUUUAUCAAGGACCAAGUGAGGAAAUUCCUCGAGGAGGCAUGAGGGACAAACCUCUCGCUCGCUAAGUUCGAGUCCCGUUGACUU